AUGCCUAUAGAGACAUACGUCAAUUUGGUCAGCGACGACAUGAAGAACGCUUUUAUGACGUUUCAAGAAGCCGCCAGACACCACUUCGGAGACUUUCCAAACUUGAACCUGGACUUGAAAGAGAGCCUCCGAAGUCCUUAUACGUUCUGGUUUCAUUGUCGACGAACUGGGAUUAUUGACGGACUGCCUUCCAACGAGAAGGAACUAAUGAAGCUCUUGACAGAUUGGAUAGAUGAAAACUACGAAGAGGAGUAUUCGGAGACCGAGAGCCUAUUUCAGAAAGGCCUCGUGACGAGUUCUACAAUGCCGUACUUGAUUGCGCCAGGUGAAGUUUUCAUUUUUCAGGAGAAAAGCCACGACAGGGCGUACAAAGCAAAGUCGUGGCCACAUCAUUCUGAUGAUGACCAUCAAUGGCACAUCGAUGCAUGGACAUAUCGUUAUGACGGAAAAUUUUGGAAUUAUUCAGAGGAACUCAAUCACUGCGAUCCUUACAGUAGGGACGAUGCGGAAAGAUCUGUUUAUUCACUUUCCGGAAUGCCUCUGAGGUUUGAGACCGAAGAGAGAAGACUAGAGCUCAAGGAGAGAGGCCACACUUACUGGAAAUACCGCUGUCAACGAUUGAUUUCUUACCAAAGCCAGGAUACAGACGAGCAGCUCAGCACGCUUGACGCAAGGUACAUGGUAGAUUUCACCGCCUAUAGAGGGCUCCACUCGAAUAGGCCGGGAGUCAAUGACGAAUAUUUGAAGAUUAAGCCAGGCGACUUUGAGGUUUUCGAUCUCACACGCGACGAUGGUGGUCCAAAAGGCGACGAGUUGAUGUUGUUUCCUCCAAGGAUCAAGGGUUUUGACAUGCACGGCAAACUUUGGAGAGAUUUGGAUGUAGACUGUAUUCAAGAAGUACAAUGGAGACAGGAGGCGUUUGAUCACCUUGUGAUAGAUGAAGACACCAAAGACCUCAUCCAAGCACUCAUCACCAAUAGGAUUGCAUCGAGUAAGAAUACUGACUGGAUUGGAUCCAAAGGCAACGGUUUCAUCAUGCUUCUCCACGGCGGACCCGGCACAGGCAAGACAUUCACUGCAGAGAGUGUCGCCGAGCUUGCUCAAAAGCCUUUAUACGCAGUCACUUGUGGUGAUAUGGGGACGAAGCCAGAGGCGGUAGAGAAGCAUCUCCAAUCAAAUCUGAGCCUCGGGAAAAGGUGGGACUGUGUCGUUCUGCUGGAUGAGGCCGACGUCUUCCUGGAGCAGAGGACACUGAACGACCUGAAGAGGAACGCUUUGGUCUGCGUUUUCCUCCGCGUAAUCGAGUAUUACGAAGGCAUCAUGGUUCUUACGUCAAACCGAGUCGGGGUGUUCGACGAAGCAUUCAAGUCUCGCAUCCAGUUAGCUUUGCGCUAUGAUAACCUUGGUAAGGCUGAGCGUACUAAGGUCUGGAGGAACUUCUUCAGCAGACUCAGACUGAUCGGGGAGGAGAACAUCGACUACGACACUGUCGAAUCAUAUAUCGAAGAAUUGGCUGAGUAUGAGAUGAAUGGACGACAAAUUCGCAUCGCGAUCACCACGGCUCGGCAGCUGGCGCAGUUCAAAAAGAAGCCGAUGACAUGGGGACACCUACGACACGUUAUCAAGGUUGCUGAGAAGUUCGAUAAUUACCUCAAGGGAGUCCACGAGGAGAUGUCUGAUGAUAUGAUUGCAAGAGGAGAAGGAGUCCGAUGA